CCGUGCUGACCAUUGUGAAAGCAGCCGCUUGCCCUGGCAGGCACAGCCCUUGUCUCUUGUCCCGCUCGAAUGACGGGGCAGGGAAGGCGGCACGGCUCGCCAUGCCCCUCCCACCGGCAGGCUCCGGCCGAGGCCCCUCAAGUCCGCUGCGUCCCGGGCAGCCGGCGAACCUGGGUCCAGCGCGACACAAAGGCCACUGUCGCCCGGGCCGGGGUGACCUCCGGGACCGUGCGCUCUGCGCCUGGCGCUCCCGCAGCGCCUGGAGCCGGAGCCGGAGCCUGAGCGGCGCGCCAUGAGCGGCCCCCUGCGGCCCAGCCCCAGCAGCUGGCGGCGGGCGGCCACCGUGCUGCUGGCCGCCGGCUGGCCGCGAGCCGGCGCGACCGCCGCGACCCCCGCGACCGCCGCGACGACGACGCCGCCGCCGCCCGCCGAGGGCUUCCGCCUGCUGCUGCUGCAGCGCGCGCAGAGCCAGGGCUUCCUGCCCGGUGCGCACGUCUUCCCCGGGGGCGUGCUGGACGCCGCCGACCGCUCGGCCGACUGGCUGCACCUCUUCGCGCCGCACCACGGGCCGCCGCGCUUCGGCCUGGGCCCCCCGCCGCCGCCGCCGCCGCGCGCCGCCUUCCCGGCGCUGCCGCCGAGCGAGCCGGCCGGCCCGCCGGGCGCCGGGGACGCGGCCACGCUGCCCGAUGACGUGGCCUUCCGCAUCUGCGCCAUCCGCGAGACCUUCGAGGAGGCGGGCGUGCUGCUGCUGCGGCCCCGCGGGGCCCCGGCCGCCGCGCCCCGGCCCGCCCGCUACCGCGCGCCGCCGCCCGGCCUGGAGGAGUGGCGCGCCCGCGUGCGCCGCGACCCGCGCCACUUCCUGCGCCUGUGCGCGCACCUGGACUGCACGCCCGACAUCUGGGCGCUGCACGACUGGAGCGGCUGGCUCACGCCCUUCGUGCGCGUCGGCGGCCGCCGCUUCGACACCGCCUUCUACCUGUGCUGCCUGCUCGAGCCGCCGCCCGUGCACCCCGACUCCACCGAGGUGGUGAGCUGCCAGUGGUCCUCUCCCUCAGAGGCGAUUGAAAGUUUCAUGUCAAAAGAAAUUUGGUUGGCACCCCCUCAGUUCUAUGAAAUGAGAAGACUUGAAAAUUUCGCCUCUCUCUCUGACUUGCACAAAUUUUGUCUGGAUCAUGCACUGGAAGGGGUAGAGAGAUGGCUGCCCAUCACGUUAACAACUGCUGAUGGAAUGCUCCAGCUUUUACCAGGGGAUGAACUGUACAUCGAAGACUCAAAAUUUAUAGACAGCCAAAUGUCCACUGAGAAGAAGAUCGAAGAACUCAUGAAGGAAGGCAAAAAAUUUCAUCGUGUGGUGAUACGCGAUCGCCACCUUUAUCAUAUUCAUGUGACUAUUCCGUCCAAAUCGAAGCAUUUGUACCCUAAGAACUCCGGUGUCACUAAGAGCCAUCUGUGAGCACUUCCCGUUGGCCUCACGUUGGCUGAGUCUCCUCCCAACUGCGGGCGUGUUGUGCCUGCAGGAGUUAAAGUACAGUCUUCCGUGUUUCAAGUGUUCUGCGGAGUUCUCAGGCUUAUUUUCUUCAUCAAACUUUAUAGCGUAUUUCACAAGCAUAAAGUAUUAUCUUGUUGCCAAACUGAGAUCAGUGGUUCACAAGUGAUCCUACUUUGUAUUGCUAUUAUUUCAGAAGUUUUAAAAAAGGAUAUUCCACUGCCCUUGUCCUUAAUUAUCCAGCGCAUUGGUACUUUUCUUGGCGUGUUUGGAGAUCCCCGAGACUUUCUGUUGGAGUUCAGUUAAGUGUGUUUGAUUAGACUACAACAACUUUCAAGGGACCGUGUCAUCAUUUUCUUGUCUUGCGCUUGAUGACAAACGAGACAUUUUUAAAUCAAGUGGCAUUCAUUUACUAAGUCUAGCAAACUGCAGUUAUCUGGGGCAAUAUUUUAAAGAAAUAAUGGAACUAAAACAAAAGUUAUACUAGUAUUAUUUGUUUAUAUUUUGGGCCACCACUAAGCAAUACCGAGGGGCUCAGUUCCAUUCCUGUGUGUGCUUGGCUGGAGGUUGAGCCCAGGUCUUCCACAUGCAAAGCAUGAAUACCAGCUGUUGGUCUAUGCCCGGCCCAGGUGUCCUAAUUGUUCUUACUCUGGAGUGGCGGUGAAUCCCGAGAAUAGAGAGCUCUGUCAUUUCAAGGUGUUUCCAUGGUGUUUAUUUCCAGUGUUUUUUAAUAUGGGUAUGUUUUUUUGCCUCCUUUUAAGAGGAAUAAUGUUAAUAAAGAUGGGAAAUGGUUAAGACUGUUCUGUUCCAGACCUUUGAUACAUACAUUUUUGACUAUGUGCAAUAUAAUUUUCUCAUGAAAUGUUUUGGUUUUCCUACCUAUAAAACUAUACCUAAAACAAUAUAAAAAUAAUACCUAAAAAAAAAGGU